AUGGUGAUCCUCUCCCAAAUGAUCAAAAGGGCUUUCGAUCUUCUUCUCUUUCCUCAAUCUGACUCUUACUCCUCUCAUAUCAUCGACUCACACACUCUGACGCGUGUCACCGGCUACGGCCAAGAUCUCGACCAAUGUUCCGUUUGUCUGUGCAGCAUAAGUCCGGGUGAAGUCAUCAGGGAGCUGAAAAACUGCGGCCACGUUUUCCACGCCGCCUGCUUGGAGAGAUGGCUCGGACACGGGCACUGGACCUGUCCCCUGUGCAGAAACCACGUGACCCGCCGGCUCGUUUUCCCUCACCAGGAUUCCGGUCAUCAACCUCGGGAGGUUUUGGUUUUCAACUUCGGUCAUGUCGAUUCAGUUGGUAAUAAAAGCUCGUGGUGGCUGAGGUCGACCAGACCGGAGAGGCAACCAAAUCGAACCGGCCUAACUAGCGGGUCAAAGGAAACAAGAGGAUCACUCAGGUCCAAAGAUCUUCUGGUCGAAGAGAGUAUUGAAGGUCAGAAGGUCAAAGGUCAUAAGGAAAGGACAUCUAGUCGAAUGAUCGACGAGCAAGACAACAGCGUCCUGGGACACCUUGAGGUGAUGGCUGAGAUGAUGGCAUUUUUUGGUAAUAAAAGCUCGUGGUGGCUGAGGUGA